AUCGAGGUGAUUGAAACGUAGGUGUGCAGUAGACUCGGCGACGCAAGAUUCUGCAACUGCUUCUCCCCCUUCGUUCUCGAGGUUCGUAAAAUCGCAUAAAAUAUACACCAUCACCCGAAUACAGAUACGAUUAGGAGUAUUUGUAUGUUGAUUUUACGAAUUUAUCUGUUUAUCCGUAUCUGCAAUUGCAAACCCUAGGUCAAUAAUCAUUAGGGGAGUUUCGAUUGUUUAGUUCUUAAUUACGUAAAGGAAAUCAAGAACCAUAUUUCUGUUGAAUUCUUUGUUAUAUGGAUUUGGAUAUUGUGAAGAAGAGUUUGGAUUAUACCCAAAGGAGAAAGAAAUUGCUCCUUCUCGUUGCAGCUAUAGGGUUUUCAACUUAUGGUGCAAUUAGGGUUUAUAACUUACCUUCUAUGGUUAAGAAGAGGGAGAGGUUGACGAAACUUUUAGGUGCUUUAGCUUCAAUUGCUGAAUUACUUGGUGAUUCUGCCGAGACAAUAGGAGUUGUUUCAAAGGAUUUGAAAGAAUUUAUAAAAUCUGAUUCAGACGAAAUCCCAAAUAGUUUGAGGCAAUUGUCAAAGAUUAUGAGAUCUGAUGAAGUCUCGGAGUCAAUUGUUCAUGUUACAAGAGCUUUUACCGUGGGGAUUUUGAGGGGUUACAGGGUUGGAGUUAGAAAAGGUGAUCCAGGUAACAGUUUUCCGGAUCGAGCUUUGGAUAAACUGUUUUCACCUGCUGGAUCUGGUUUUGUUUCUGUUGUUGUUGGAAGUUUUGCUAAGAAUAUGGUUAUGGCGAUUUAUGCUGAUCGAGGGGUUAGUGAAGGGUAUCAUAUCAAUGGUUCGAGAAGCUCAGAGAGUUCGGUCCAGAAGUGGGUAGAUGUAAUUGCUGAAGAGAAAUGCAGGAAACUGAUUGGGGAUUGUAUCCAGCAGUUUGUGAGCACCUUGGUGACCGUUUACCUUGACAAAACCAUGGAUGUCAACCCUUAUGAGCAGAUCUUAUCAGGCUUAACGAACCCUAAACACGAAGAAAAAGUAAGGGAUUUGUUAGCUACAUUUUGCAACGGUGCUAUAGAGACAUUAGUGAAAACUUCCCACCAAGUUAUUUCAAAUUCGGAUGGGAACGAAUUGAUCUUGAAUGGAAUGAAAUCAAGAAAAAGCCGGAGCAAUGGGUUUGUGAGCAAGAUUUCUUCGACCUUGGCAGUCCCUAGUAACAGAAGGCUCGUUCUUGAUAUGACUGGGAGGGUUACAUUCGCGACCGUAAGAUCUUUCUUGGAUUUCUUCUUGGACCAGUUAUCCACGGGCAUGAAACGGAGGGUUGAUGUGGUUCAUGAAGAGGCAGUUGGUAAGGGUCGUGAAGUUUACAGGUACGUGAGUACAAAAUCUUAUACUGUCAUGACACUUUGUCUUUCGGUUUGGUUGCACGUAUUAAGCAGUCCAUGGAGCUUUGCAUCGGCAUAAGGCUACGUGUCACAGAAUUCUUUAGCUCGAAUUCAUUCAAUACAAUACAACUAUGUGUAUAUAUAUUUGUCAUUCGAACAGAAUGAACUAUUCAGAGUCUUCAUUGUGUGUGCUGUAGUUAUUUCAUCUUGAUAUAGCUUUGAACAAUUUGAUGAAAGGAUAAGUGGAUAACUAGUAUCUUUUGUGCCCCUA